AUGGUGAAUAGUGGUAUGCAUUUUGUUCAUCCGGUAGAAAUUAUCACAAUGGAAGAAGAAACCGAUGAUAAUGAUGGAUCGGAGAUUCCAUUUAAUAUUGAAACUCAGGGACCCUUCUUGAAUUUUGCUGACCUCAAAAUGCGCCCUGCUCAUCUGGCCGCUUUUAUCAACUAUCUCUUAGCAAAUGCUAAUCCAAGCAGUGUAUUUUUCUAUCUGAUUACGGAUGCUUAUCAAAAUUCAAAUGCUGUUCCAAAGGAUUUACGAAAAUGGGCUUAUGAAAUCUUUUCAACUUUCUUAAUACCAAACUCACCGCUCUCAUGGGAUAGCAUUGAUCAGUCGUUAAUUCAAAGCAUUGAUAAAAUAUUAGCAGCAACGGUACAAGCAACAGAUGAUGAUAUGGAUCAAUUGAUAAAGAUAUUUAGUUUUGCAAGAAAGAAAUCACUCGAUGAUAUUAACGAACAUUUGGCUAAUUUUCGGCAAAAACGACUCAUAGGAUUGGGAAGUUUAUUUGAUGCAAAUCAAUUGGCAUAUAUAAGUAAGGGUGAUACAGCUAUGGAAACGCGGGUAGGCGAAGCUAUUCUGAUUCGUUCACUGGAAAAUUUGUUAAAUUCAGUUAAUCAGGAUUUGGAAAAUUGUGAAUCACGAUCAUUAGCUAUUAUUUCUGCUCUAGCAACAAUUAUAAAGGUUGUUUUAAAUAUGCGAUCUAAUACGAACGAAAAAAUUUUGGAUCGAUGUCCAACAUUUGUUACAAAAGAUAAGAUUGGUAUGUUCAAGAUGAAAAUGGCAUCCAAACGAUCAAUUCAGGUUAAGGGUCAUCAGUUUAUGUUAACUCCUGUUAACUUGACCGUUUAUUGCUACCAAUGUCGUAAUGCUAUUUGGGGAGUUAAUGCUCAAGCAUAUUUUUGCCAAAAUUGUGAUGUUGUUGUGCAUAAACAAUGUACAUUAUCACUUCCUGAUCACUGUUAUCCGGCAAUUCAAAAGAAAACCGGAGCGAAUAAAACAAAACGCACUGGUUCAGGUGGUAAAUGUGAGACUGAAUCAUUCGAAGGUAGUAGCUCUUUAGCAGAACAAGCGCAUUCAACAUCAAUUAUUCCUGAUAAGGAAUUACAUAGAGUUGAUAAUAUUAAAUCUGCUUCUUCGGAUUCUGGAAUUGGUACAGAUAUGGAAAAACCAGUAUCCCGAUCACAAAGUAUGCGUUCUCGGGCUGAUGAAAUGCAAGAUGGUCGACCUGGUCGAUCAGCAUUUUCAUGGGGAGGCGCAUUAGCGCCACCGGAAGAAGGUGAAGAACGUCCACCACGACGUACACGAAGCGAUUUGGAUAGCGAAGAUAAAGCUUCACCGAUUACCUUAACCAGAUGUCCACUGGAUACUGUUUCCCUGUCAGGUAAGCAAGCUAUCAGAAGUUCAUCGGUAUCGCAUGCUUCCGGAGCUGAUGAAGAAGUUCGCCGACUAAUGGAUAAAAUUGAGAAAAAUUCGUUGAUUGAUGGAGAUAGUGAUCUAGAGGUUGAGACUGAAGUGCCCUCGCUCGAAAGUUUUGUUGGCUGGGAAAUUGUACGACGAUUGAAACCGAAAGAAAAGAAACGGCAGGAAGUUAUUAAUGAACUUUUUCAUACGGAAAGAACACAUGUGAGAAAUUUGAAGAUACUUUAUAAAGUAUUUUACAAACCAAUGGUUUUGCAAAAUAUUGUGCCUCCAGAAGUUAUCAAAUUAUUCUUCCCCAAUCUUGAAGAAUUGCUGGAAGUGCAUGGCAAUAUGUCUAGAAUGAUGAGAAAUAUGGUCGAGGAAUGGAAACGUGAUUGCGAUUUAAAUGGUUUACUGGGUGAUGUCGGCUUACUGAUGGAAGAUUUGUUUGAUGGUGAAAAUGGUGUAAAACUUAUGGAAGCAACUGCAACAUUUUGUCAACAUCAGCAACAUGCAUUAGACAUCUUACGACAACGAUGUAAAAAAGAGAAGGACGAUCAGUUGAGCAGAUUUUUGAUCGAAGCUGAAAGCAGUCCAUUGUGUCGUAAACUACAACUGAAAGAUAUGCUACCUGUUGAAAUGCAAAGGCUUGUUAAAUAUCCUUUAUUGCUGGAAACAAUUGCCAAAUAUACGCAGGAACCAUCUGAGGAGCAAACAAAAAUUUUGAAUAGUGUUAAUUCAGCUAAGAGGAUACUUUCAGCGGUGAAUACGGCAAAACGAAAUGCCGAAAAUUUGAGAAGAUUGGAAGAGUUGCAGAAGCGUUUAGUUACAACAUCUUAUGAUCGUGAAAAUUUCAGCAACGAUUUUCAUUCGUUUAAUCUAACCCAUUACAAGUUGGUCCAUGAUGGACCACUCACUUGGCGUUGCAGUCGGAAUAAAAUGGUUGAAUUGCAUGUUGUACUUCUCGAAAAUGUACUGAUAUUGCUCACAAAAACGGGUGAUGGGAGCAAAUUGCUCCUGAAAGUUCAGGAGCCGUCAAAAGAUACACGAUGGUCUCCCAUAUUACCGUUGACAACGUUGAUUGCCAAAGAAAAAGCAAAUGAUAAGAGAGCUUUAUUUAUUGUAAAUACAAUGGAACGCGGUGCACAAAUCUAUGAAUUAGUCACUGCUACUGCUACUGAACGGAAAACGUGGUUCAAACUGAUCUCCGAUCAAAUUGAUCUCGUCAAAUGUGAAAAUGUCAAUGCACAACCCAAUAUUGGUCCAUUUGGUAUGGAUGCGACAGGUGACGGACAAUAUCAUACAGAUGAUAUGGAUUUCUGUGAACGAGUACAAAUUUCAACUCAUCCACGACUUGUUAGUGCUAAUGAAAUAACAAUACAGCAGCCAACGAUUUUUGAACAUGCUCAACCGAUUUUAACUCCCACAGAACGAUUACGACGUAAUGAUGAAUUAAUUAUGAAAGCUUUGCUUGAUAAGCAAACAAUUUUGGCUGAAUUUCUUCCUGGAUCAAAUAAGAAUAAUCUUGAUGAAUUGGAAAAGUUAACGGAACAACUAACCGGUAUGGCUGUUGCGGAAUUAAAACAACGAGAUGGUCAAGAGUUAGCAAUGAGUGCAAUUGUACAUGGGAAUCGUUUACUUGAUGCAAUCAAUCAAGGUCUAAGUGCACGCAAAGAUGCGGAUGAUUCGAAUAGUGGUGCUUUGGUACUUAAAUUAGACAAUAUUGAAAAUGAUGUGCCAACAGUUGCGUGUUAUAAAUUAACUGCUAUCGCAGCACCUUUAAUGAAUCAUCUGAAAGCAAUGAUGCAAAUUAUUCAAGAUCAACAAAAUGAAAUUAAAACAACCAAACAACAACUUCAUCAAUAUAAAGAACUUGCAAAUGGUAUAAAUCAAACUAGUGAUAAGGAAAUAAUAACAGAGAAUAUUGACUGUAAACCGGUAUUAUCUGAUGCAGAAACGGAAAGGCGUAAACGAUUACAGACUAAGCGACAACGUAAUACAGCAGUAACCCUUUCAGCAGCAUCGAUAUAUCCUCAUUCUCCGACAAAUAGUUGA